UGUCUUGGCACCUCCGAAGGCUUUCCGACAACUUUUGGAUUGAGAGCCCAAGGCUAUAUACAUUAGACUUGCACCGACGCCAUAGGGGGUUUUCGCUUCACCCUAUACAUUUCAUUUGGGCCCUUUGGUUGGUAGGAGACAAAAUAGUAACGGGAAUACCAUCGAUAUGCCUCCGAAAGGUGCCGCGACUCGUCUCAACCCGGUCCGUCUGCAGACCAUCCCUCACCUUCGAGUCCGUCGCCCAAAUCAGCAUGAGCAGAACCCCUGUGUGUCAGUUAUGUCUUCGAUGCUGAGCUGUUGGGCAUCGGCUGGAUACACUGCGGAGGGUUGCAUGGCUCUUGAACAGCAAUUGAGACAAUGCAUGGAUGCACCCAAACCAAAGAGCAACAAGAAGAACACCAUCAACUACCACCUCAUGAGAAUGUAUCCCAAGGUCGUUGGUCCCAAGAAGAAGAAUGGCACUCUUGGUUAAAAGAUCGUUUGAAUACAAUGUUUGUUGAUAUCCCGAAGCGUCGCGCAUCAUACCCGCUGUACGAUGGUAGAAGACAGGGUUCUAUAUCGGCUACUUGAGAUUGGUGAUAAGUGGAGAGGGUGUGGAUUGGGCCUUGAUGUGUUCGGAAAGAAAUCUUUAUGUAUCUGGAGUUAUAGGCUUUUCGUUUGAAUCGGUGGAUGUGAGCUUGUAUUAUGGACAUCCCCAUCUGUACAUUAUAUGUGCUAUGCUAUAAAGAAAAGGACAAGUUUAAAUCUCAU